UCUCCUCACAGAGCUACAAUGGUCUGAAGGGAAUAGAGGUCAUGUAACUGAUAAAUCAGCCUCAUAUACCGGUAGCCAGUAUGCUUAACUCUAAUUAAUGCACGAAGGGGUUAAAGCCAUAGAGUAGCCUGUCCUUUGUGCUCCCACUUGCACCAAGUGACGAGGUCAAAGCUGGAUGCUCCAGGCUUAGACCGCUUGGUUUAAGCAAACCAUCUUUGUGUUUCUAUACAAAUAAUUUACCUCUUUUUGGAACCUCAGUUAAACUGCCUGUGUUUUGUAGUGCUGUGUGGGAAAGCACAUGAAUAUGACCUUUGGAGAGUUUGUAAGUAAAGCAUUUUUUAACUUCCCAAAUGUGUAGUCUCUUUCUAUGCUAAGGGAAGUGGGGAACUCUGGAAGCAACUUGUAAGGGUUAAAGGUCUAACAACCUAUAUUUCCACACUUUACUUUGGUGCAUUUUUGAGAUUUUAAAUCUCUGCUGGGGCUUCCUCACCAAAGAGUACUCACCCAAAAAACUGGAUCUUAGGCAGCCAGGGAAUUCUCCUUUUUAUUUUAAUAUAUUUUAUUUUUUUCUUUUACCAGACUAACACCAACAACCCCCACCACCCUUAAAAAAUUAUAGUUCCAGAAUUCUUUGGUGAAAGCCAUGACUGUUAAUGGGGCAUCAUACUGAGUUAAAUGCAUAGUGCCAAUGUGACCAUAAUGGCUUAUAAAACCAGUCUCCUUACCCACAGUAUAGCACAGUAAGUAAUUUUUCAAGUAAACUGUGUUAGAAGCAUUAUAUGUUAAUAGACGAAAGCUCCAUCUAUCUUUCUGCCAAGCAAGCUAGACAUUUCCUUUAUCAUAGACACUACUCUAGUCUUGCUUGUUAUAAAGAGAUUUAUGUGAGCUGUUUUCUCAGUUAAUCCUAUUAGCCUUGUGGAUUAACUGGAUAGCGUGUGCUAUGUUCAAGAAGCUCGUGAGAAACACUCAAGCAUAACUCGGCAGUGCUGUAUAUCAUUCGAAGAACAAGUGUGCCGUAUCCCCGUAACGGCUCAUUUUUAAAAUUGUGUAUGGAUAUAUAUCUUCCAGUUAAAUGCCUGGCAACCUUUAUUACUGUCUUUGAGAACAGAACAAAAAGGAUGGCACUAUCAAUAUACUUUGUAAAUACUCCCAUUUAUUUAUUUUUAUUUUCAGUUUAUGAAUUCAUCAGCCAGAGUGCCUUAAGCAUACAAAUGGCAUCCUCAAAGUGGUUGUUUUAAUCUACACAGCUUCAGAGACUUCGUUUAACUCUCCCCCCCCCCCCUAUAGAUUGAAUAUUGUUACUGACUCCUCAUUCAGUAAGAUCAGUGUUGGCUGCAGUACUCAAACAGCUCCAGGCUCUGAGGAGUUCUGGCUGAAAAAAAGCCCUGGGUAGAACUGAGGAAAUUCUCUGUCUAAAAUUCUGGAGAGCUGCUGCCCGCCGUAGCAGGUCUCCAACAUUGAGGUAGAAAGACCAAUUACCUGGCUUGGUACAAAGCAGGUACAUUUGUUCCUGCAAAUGUGGUUUUGCUGCUGGGCCAGUUGCCAGAGAAGCAAGAGGCAAUUAAGGCUGGUUUCCCCCCCCACCCUCCCUUAAUGGUUCACCUCAGAUGAAUACAAAAAGAUUUGCAUGACAUCUUACGCAUUUAUUCUGGCUUCUGCUCCAAACCACACCAAAAGCUGGAUCCAUAAAUAAAUAGCUGGUUCUGCCCAGGGCCUGGCUCUGAAUUCCACUGUCACAACUAGAAAGGUCACCUGCAGUCCCAGUACAGAAACCAGAAAUUUGAGUUGGCAGUAUUAUUUGGGAAAAUAGAAAACAAUAGUAUAGCAUUCUACGUAAACACUACUAACGUAAGGGCAGAGGAAGAUCAGAUCUAGUUCAUCAUCCUUUUCCCCAACUAGAUGCCUCUGGGAAAGCCACAGGUUGACAAAUAUGUUGUUGUUGUUGCUUUUAAAAAGCGGCUUGCUCGUUUAUUUUUGUGUUGUAAUUACUAAUAAUAAUUUCCUGUUAUAAUAAUUUUUGGUGUUCAUUAUUGUGUUUGAUGAAGGUGUUUUUUUAUAUGGUAGAUAAUUUUUGGGGAGAAACACUUUUAGUACAUUUGCAUUGCUUUAACACAUUUUCUACUCUUAGCUUUAUUUUUUGUGUACUAUUGCCUUUCAGGACUCCUUUUGGCUAUGUGAAGCAUUGCAUAAAUUUAAACCAUGGGUUGGCAAACUAAGGUCCGUGGGCCGGAUCAGGCCCAAUUGCCUUCUAGAUCCGGCCUACAGAUGGUCCAGGAAUCCAGGCAGCCAACAUAGUGCGUGCGUGUGUGAUGGUUUUUGCGACUCAGCCAGGCUUGGGGUCAAAAGUGAGGCGGGCGGCUGCUUGAGACAAGCCCCUUCACCGUUCGUCGCGUGCAUGCAGCAGUAUUUUCUUCCGGGGUGGGGAAGAGUGAAAAGGAGCCACAGUUCGGAUUUCCACCCUGGAGCUGCCGGCGACUGACCUCAGGAAGGGCAGUUGUGGCGGCAGGGGCUCGGAGGCGUCUCGGGAGCGACGCCCACUGGUGUCUGUGGCGGCGGUGCUCCCCGCUACAGGAAGCGGGGAGCGCCUGGGCGGCUGCACUCCAGAACAGUUCAGCGCUCUGCUGGGGAGGCUGCUUGUUAGCUACACGGUGUGAGCCAUGGAAAGGUAAAUAGCCGCCACCUCGUCUUCCCUCACGUGGGUAAAAGAAUGUUUUUGCUUGAGCAGCACCGGCUUGACUUAGCGUGGCCAACGGCUUUUCCUUUCACCCAUGCAUGUGCACAUGCUCUCCAGGGCUGACAGGAGUGGCGCACUUACCUCAGCCCCCCCACCCCGCCUUACGAGAGAAAUAAUAACUGUCAACGCGUAAAACGCAAAGGAAGCAGCGUGUGUGUAUGAGGAAACACCCCCCCAAAAAAACACAUUUCUGCAAAUUGGGGUUGGUCCCAAUAAAGGUUUUUGCAAAAAAUGUGGGUCAUAAUCAUGGCAACAUAUAGUCUGGCCCCCAACAAGGUCUGCGGGACAGUGGACCGGCCCCCUGCUGAAAAAGUUUGCUGACCCCUGAUUUAAACCAACGUGGAGGAAAAUGAGGAAGGGGCUGUCCAAAUCCUACUAACAUUGGUAAGCACUUUAGAGCACUUUCAGCAUAGGUACAGUACCUCCACUCUUGGUUAUGUUAAUAGAAUUGUACCUGUUGAACUACACUUUCCAGGGGCCCAUUUUGAGUCAAAGGAUUAUGGGUAGUGUAGUUCGGAUUAAUAGACAACCUGAACCAAUCAGUGUGGAGUGUUUGCUAAAUGCUUCCUGCUGACGGAAACUGCCGUGUGCUUUUAUAUAACAGUAAGUGAAAAGCUUUCAUUUGUCGUUCUUGACUACUGUCUGACCCUGCAGGGAUUUAAAACUGAGAAGCAGCUUGGAGGAAAAAGCAAAUCUGCACUUUUGAGAUCUGACGUUCAACUUCUCUGUGAUUGAUUUAGCAUUUACGGUAUGGAAGAACCCGCCACACAGCCUUACUGGGACUUUGAAUUUCUUCACUGAUGACAGAAAUCCCGCUUACGUACAACUCUUUCUGGGGAGCAGAGCUUCAUGCUCUUUGACAUUGCACAGAUAGAAAUAGGACAUUUGUAAUAAGGAACACAUCUUGUUUUCAAAACUAAAAAUUACUUUCUGAGUGCUUCUCCCUUUCCACUUUUGCAUAUGCCUGAAGACUUUUGUUUGCCUACUGUAGUACUACUGUAAAAGUACUGAGUAAGCUCAGAGGCUGUGACUGAUCCGGUGAGUCACAUGACUGAGUAGACUGAGUAGAGAGUUCAUUCUGGGUUUCUCCCAAAUCAGAUACUCUUAACUCUGCACCAUGUCAGUAAAUCAUCUUGCAACUGAAGUUACAGUAUUUCCAUUGUUAUUGCGUAUUUUAUACUUUUUAAUAUCUUUAUAUACUUUUAUCUGUGAUCCGCUUUGCAAUUUUGAAUGGUGAAUGGUAUAGAAACAGAAAUAAUAAAUACAUCCCAUCAAAUUUAGUGGGAGUCAAGGACUUUCUACUGAGUAAACAUGCAUAGGAAUGCAUUUUAGUUUCCUGCUUGAUAGAAUAGCUGCAACUGUAAUGCAGGCAGCAGCUAUUAUUGGCGGAUAGAAUGGAAGGAAAGUUAAUGUACCUUUGUGCUUUUUAAAAUACAUUCCACGGGGAGGGAGAGCUACCAGAAAAUAAGGACUUUUUUCCUGGUAAGUAGGAAGAGCUGGACCUUCUGCAGCUGUUUCUGAACUCUUUUCUGUCUGUGACUUUUAGGGCAAAGUACAGUUUCUUCUCAAAUGUCUGAUGUCAGACAAAGAUCUGAGGAUACUACAGGAUCCUUUGGCACCCUGUUUGUUUUUUCCUGUUCUGUUUGGAUGGUGCAGUUAAGGUGGAACAUAAGGAAUUCAUUUCAUGCAUAGUUACAGUAGCAAGAGUUUUACAGUACUGGCAAAAAAAUGGAAACUGUAAAUGAUACCUUCUGUAGGUGAACAGACAGAAAAUGUGGGUGUUUGCAUUAAUGGUUCAACUUACACUUUUUACAAGAACAGGAGAGAAAAAAGGCAGUAAGGCAUGCUUGUGGUAAAUCGGUCUUCAUUUUUAUUGAAUAUUGAAAGAACUUGAUUUUCCCAAAAAUGCAAUAUGGGUUCACAGUGUUGAUUUUCCUCAUUUAUAAAUGAAUUAGAGGAACCAUCAGGGUUAUUAUAAGUCGUGUGUGUGUGUGCGCGUCCACGUGCGGAUAUAUAUCCUUGAAGAUGUAUAUCUGUGCAUAUGUAUGACUUAUUAAUAAUAAUAUGGUAUUUUUCUUGUUUUUAAGCUAUGGCACACAAGAUGGUAAUCACUUUGGUCUAUCGAGUGGGAUAUAGAAGAGCUUCUUCUCUAUAUUCCAGGCUGCAUUCAACCUAUGUCAAGAGAAUGAGGUAAAUGCUUAACCUGUGGGGAAUUUGGGGUUUCCCUUUGUUGAGCCCAAUAUGCUAGAAUUUGUUGUUAAUGGGAUAAAGCUAGAAUUACUCCAGUAUGUUUUUACGGCUUAACUGUUUUAAUUACCCAGACAUUCGGUGGCUGAAGACUACUGUUCGUAGCAAUCUCUGGAUAGGAUCGUGUUUUUAAUUGUAACUGUUUUUCGUUUUCACUGUAAUUGUUUUUAGAAGGUUUUAGAACAUUGAGUUUUGUUGCUGUUGUUACUAAAUUAUGGAUCCGUUUGCUAGCAUGGGCUCAUUUGGGAGGAAAGGUAAGAUAUAAAUUCAAUCAAUCAGUCAAUAAUAGACCUUGUGUUAUCAGUAUUUUUUCAAGUAUCUGGAGCACAAAGAUGGAGAAUGCAACAACAGAUUCUACCACAGAAUAACCCCCAUUGAUCUGAGAUGGACUUACUUCUGUGUAGAAGUAAGUAAGGAAAUUACAUGUUGGGCUGCAGUAGGAAACUCACCCGGAGAAAAUACCGUAGGAACAGAUGCGUAGGCUUGCACAGUUAGUCUUCUUCACGUGCCUCACUUUCUAAUCCUUUUCCACCUGCAGGUAUAUGUGCGAGCUAAAAGACAAUGAUGACGCUUGCAGGAAAGCCUCUAACUUGGGAACUUUCUUCCUGUUUCACAACUACUCUCCCUUACUGCAAGAGAAAGGAAACAUGCUCCUGGCGCCAAAGUUAAAUGCAGCAGGUAACAAGUUUAUUCUGCAACAAUCCUUCCUUUUCACGUGAAAUGUCCUAUCAGUUAAGGUGUUAAAGAUGCUUUUAGUGCCUGCUCCCAAAGAACCUGGGAGAACAGCAGGUUAAGCAGUGUAAGGUGGUCCGUUAAGGGGAAAAAGGCAUUGCCCCACUAACCUCAGUCUGCCCCCAGCCAGCCCCCACCUGCCAGCCUUAUUACUUACAAGCAGGCCAGCGGGAAGCACUGCCUGUCCACUUCCUUCCACCUCAGCCUCAGUGUUGCCCUUGGAGAACUCAACAGGGAGAAGGAUGAGAGAGGACAGGGAUAAACCUAGAAUUUGUUGUCUCUGCCUUUCAUUGGUUUUUCCUCCUGCGGUUGGCUUCUGUAUCACUGAGUUUAAAUGGUGGGGUGGGGGGGAGAGAAGGCAGGGGGUUAGAAAUUUUUAGCAGGAAGGUAUCAGCACUCUAAUAAAACUUCAAUUCCUGGUGUUUCUUCAGUAAACUUUUAAGCAUGAUGGCAAGGGGUGACAUAACUGGGUUUCUGAGCCCCACAGGCAUGCCGCAGAAAGAAUGUAGUAGGUCAAGAGAGCCAUGGACUCAAAAAGGUUGAAAACCUCUGGACUAGAGGCGCCACAAGCACUAGCAAGGCUGUGCUUAUGUUUCUAUGAAAUUUUCAACUGUGAAACAAAUUUCAAAACGACUUCAGGUUUUGUGGUAGGAUUUAUAAAAUAUACCUGUGGCUUUUGUUUUAGGACAGCGGUCUGGGCGAUGUGCUGAUACAUCAGCGAUGAAGGAUGCUUGAAAUCAGGGUGUGUGUGAGAGAAGGAAGGCACAGGGAGAAUCAGGCAUGUGGUGAAGGAUGCUUGAAAUCAGGGUGUGAGUGUGUGAAGGAAAGAGCUGUGAGAUUGGGCGUGCGGUGAAGGAGUGUGGAGAAUCGGGUGGGUGGUGAAGGAGACUUCAGACUGGGCAGAAAUGCACUGAAGCCCAGAGGACAAAUGAGCUCCUUGGAGAAUAGGCUGCCCUGAGAGGAAGGGACUGUGGUGCCGGGGAAGCUAGUGAGCAAGGAGACGGUGCUCGUCCUUCCCCUCUCCUAGCUUGGUGUGUGUGUUUUCCAUCUCCUCCAUUUCAACAUAGCGAUAUAUCGUCAUAUCGUCAUAUGUUUGGCUGGUGAUACAUCGCAAUGUUGAAAAGUGGACAUCGCCCAGUCCCAGAUUACAGAAAUGUUAACCAAUGUUGUGCUGAUGUGCCUCUAAACUGCCUCUUCCUCUGUUUGUCUGGUUUUCAGAAAUUAAGAGGAUUCUAGAGAAGUUCAGACAGAGUGAAGAAAAGAUAGAGGAUUCCAUGCUGGUUGGAUGUUCAAAUGAGUGCAGGCCGUAUUUUGCUUUGGACCUAGGUUAGAAUGACCUUUUGUAUACUGUUGCAUGCAACCCGAAUCUUCAAGCAGCGAAAGACUGCAGGGGUUCCUGCACUUACCCAGGGUUCAGUUUCCUUGGAAUGAAGUUCAGUGGCGACUGUGGUAUUUUUAGGAUAUGUGGCUUUGUUUACACACACAGAAAGAACAUAGGAUGGAGGGGCUCACAGCAUUAACAACCCAACAGAUCUUGCUUCUUGAUUAGGUUUCCAGGGAAUUGCCAAGUCCUGUACAGAACUGACAUGUCUCUGCAUCCAGCUUCCAGCACCAGCCAGCAAACUCCCAGACACAACUCUAGCUAUUGUUCUUCUAACCUAGGAUGAGGUGGCAUCUAGCCAAGUGCAGGGAGCAAGGAAGCCUAUCCACGUCCCUUCUUGGAGAGUGCCAUUGCUUAGUUGAGAUGCUGAUGAGAGCACAACUCCCAUCAUCCCUCAUCAUUGGUCCUUCUAGCUAGGGAUGAUGGGAGUUGUAGUCCAGCAACAGCUGGUGACCCAAGUUUGAGAAACACUGAAGGCAAGGAAACUUGUCUGAGAAGUUCAGCAGCCUGUUCUACUACUAGAUUCUAAGCCUCACUGGAUACAGGAUCAAAGGCCUGGAAGGGAUCCAAGGAUAUCAUCCAGACUGCCCCCCCAGCUCAUAACAAUACAUAUAUAUCCUGCUCUAAUCCCGAGGUGGGAGAUAGCCAGUUCUUCAGCUCCCAGUAAUGUGCCCCAAUGUGCAUCCCUUUAUGCUUAAUUGUAUUGAAUUUGAUUUCUUAUUUUGGUGCCCAUUCACUCACUCAAUUUGGAGCCAUCCUUGUGGAACACUUCGCAGAAAAGUUGGCCUUUCACCAUCCUGAAUAAUAUGGUGUCACCUUCAAACUUGUAUACAGGCCUAUACUUUUCACACCCGCUUUUCACUGAAGUCGAUUUGUCCUAAUGUGUCUUCAUUUUGUAAGAACAUACUGCUUUUGAGAUGACGCUGACGCCUGUGUGACAGCAGCAGUCUCAUCUGGGAGCCGCCCAGAGUGGCUGGGGAAACCCAGCCAGAUGGGCGGGGUGUAAAUACUAAAUUUUAUUAUUAUUGUUGUUGUUGUUAUUAUUAUUAUCAGCUACAGUGCCAUAAUCAUGUGCUAUUGAUAUAGAUCAAAGGGCGUGGGGGUAGGGGUAGUAACUGAGAUAUCCAAUUCCCACAGAUUUAUUGAAUUCCAGGAUCCUUGGAAAGAUCUGCCCUUGAAGCUGAACUCAAUGGAUCAUUUGGGGAAAUGAGGAAAGCUUUCUUCCAGUUAGAAGAAGAAGAUGCCAGUUUGAUUUCCACGGUAUGAUUUUACGUGUAAACACAGAGACUGCUUGUGUUGGAUAUUAUACUAGUGUUAGAAAGCUGAAGACCAAGAUGGGGCUGUUAAUUCAAAUCAUUGUUUUUAAAAUCCAGAUGUUCUUACCUCUGCAGAUUCUGGCCCUGUGAACUAAUUUUCUCUCCCACUUUUAUUCUCCUCACAAAUGUCCUUCCAGCCUUAUCCUCUCUGCCUCAUUCCUCCAACCCUCCUUCCAUCACCAUAGGCCCAUUUUUCUGCUGUCAGGACAGCCCAGCUGAGCCAAUGACAUUCAGAGACCCUGACCAGAGUGGGCCGAAUAUUUUUAGCCAAAGAACCUGGGGCCUGCCAUGCCUUGCCCCUCUGUGAUAUUGAGACAGCGCUGCCACUUGCUGCUAGAGGCUCCACCACACAAUCCCUUAGGUCAGGGGUAGGCAACCUAAGGCCCUUGGGCCGGAUGCGGCCCAAUCGCCUUCUCAAUCCGGCCCGCAGAUGGUGCGGGAAUCAGCGUGUUUUUAGAUGAGUAGAAUGUGUGCUUUUAUUUAAAAUGCAUCUCUGGGGCAUAGAAAUUCGUUCAUUCCCCCCCCCCCCAAAAAAUAUAGUCUGGCCCACCACAUGGUCUGAGGGACAGUGAAUCGGCCCACGGCUGAAAAAGGUUGCUGACCCCUGCCUUAGGUGGUUGAACAUUGGCUUAGCAUCCUAGGAGCACUUCCUGGCAUCUCCAGGCAGGGCUGAAGAGAACCCUACCUGAAAUUCUAGAGACCUCCUGCCAGUCAGUGUAUACAAAAUACUGAGCUAGACGGACCUGAUUCACUAUGCUGCAGCUUCCUAUGUAGAACACAUUGAUGUAAGAAACUGAACUGCUUCUUAUGCUUUUUGCGGUUUGGGGCUGGUUCCCACAUUUCCCUUUACCACAUCAAAGUCCUCAAGAAAUGGUUUUAUCUUUUUGGUUGAAGUGUGCCCAGCCCAUGGCACUGUCGGCUGUUGUUUAUUCACCACACUGUGGGAGAACCAACUCUUACCAGAGCUGGCAAUUGGGUUGUCCAGGACCAAAGAUGUGCAUACACUCCACAGUUGUGAUGCUCUUACUUGAGGGGCAUCAAAGUGGGCUCUUGAAGACAAUAAAGCCCUCAAAGGGCUGCAGUGGUGAUUAAGGAAAGCAAUCCAUUGGGGAGUAAUUUAUUCUGAUCUUAUAAACCCCCAGCAAUACUUGAGAAGCCCGCUCCUGAGAGCAAGUGGAUGCGGAGGCCAAAGGAGAUGGUGGGUGGCUCCUUUUGUUUCAGGGCUAGCAUGGUGUAUUGUCUAGAGUGUUGUGUUUGGUUGUGGGAAUUUCAAAUCUGUUUCUCAUCCAUGAAGCUCAGUGGUUAUUCUUGGGCAAGCCUCUGCCUAGCCUAAUUGACCUGAGGGUUUUUCUGUUAGAGGUUAUGCUACUGUUAGAGGAUGUGUGGGGAACCUUGGGCCCUUCAGAUGUUGUUGAACUACAACUUCCCUCAGCCCCCCAAGAUGGCCAAUGACUAGGGAUGAUGGAAUUUGUGGUUCAGUAACAUCUGGCAGGCCAAAGAUUCCUCACACCUGUGCCAUAUGGAAAGAAAAUAUGCAUUUCCUGGAGCAAUUAGUUCUUAUUUUAUAAACCAAGUUUUGAUGGGUGGGGGAGCGGGUUAACAAAUGGGUUGCAGUUUGUAUCCUCUCAGCGUUCUUCAUAACCUGAUUGAUGUUUAUAGGCUCAGGCUCUCCUUCGAUGGCAUGAUAACAACCAGUAUUGUGGGAAAACAGGACAGCUCACAGUGAAGAACCUGGCUGGAAGCAAACGGGUUUGUCAGAGCAGUGAAAUAAUCUAUUACCCACAGGUGGGCACCCUCAAAUAUUUUUGUCCAGCUGGCAUGUGUCUUUGAACUCUGAUCAUGCCUCUUGCUUGUCUGGAUGGGGGACAGAGAAGGGUGUGUGGGUGUAUCUAGAAACUAGCCAACUGUACAAAUGUAAAAUUUGCAUCCAGUGCUCCACCUCCUUUUGGUUCCCCUCACCGGUGGCACAUGGUCCUUGAAAGGUUGCCAAGAAAGGAGCAGGAAUUUAUUAUAUUCACUGGACACCCAGUUACCUGGGCUCUCUGGGCGAUGUAGAAUUGAACCAUUUACCGUGAUUAAAACAAAAACAAAGUAAUCAAUUAAUUGUAAUCAUAGUAUGCAUUGUUGUUGUUGUUUGUUGUCAAAUAAUAUGGAAGCCAAAACUGUACAGAGAAAGUUGAUCACAAACAGCUAAAAUAAUCUAAAAGGACAAAGCACCUUCUGACCAUCAUAAAAGCUAUAAAAGUGUCACUCUCAAUAUUUUUAAAGGAUUAAGAUGGUGUUCAAAGGCCUGAGAGAACAGAGAAGUCUUUGUCUGGUGCCUGAAAGAUGUUGGUGAAGGUAUCAGACAAGCUUCUCUAGGGAAGCAUUGUGUAACAGGGGAACCAUCAAAGCCCCCUCCUUCAGAAUUCCCCAGUACCAUGGAUUGGAUCCCAAUCCUAGCUUCUUCAAACAUACCCAGCCCCCCACCCCACCUGCAUAGCUGCUAUUUGAAAAAGUUUUAAAGAGACAGAGAUGCAUUCCACAUCUCUUGUUCCCGCAAAAGCACCAAGGUGGACCCUGAUAGUCGGGAUGGUGCCAAAGUCCGCAGCAGGAUCCUGUGUUCUGAACUGCCAAUUAUUUUUGCUCUAGGGUCUGCCCAUGGGACACGGGUGGCACUGUGGGUUAAACCACAGAGCCUAGGACUUGCCGAUCAGAAGGUCGGCAGUUCGAAUCCCCACGAUGGGGUGAGCUUCCGUUGCUCGGUCCCUGCUCCUGCCAACCUAGCAGUUUGAAAGCACAUCAAAGUGCAAGUAGAUAAAUAGGUACCGCCCCGGCGGGAAGGUAAACGGCGUUUCCGUGCGCUGCUCUGGUUCGCCAGAAGCAGCUUAGUCAUGCUAGACACAUGACCCGGAAGCUGUAUGCCGGCUCCCUUGGCCAAUAAAGCGAGAUGAGCGCUGCAACCCCAGAGUCGGUCACGACUGGACCUAAUGGUCAGGGGUCCCUUUACCUUUACCUUUAGGGUCUGUCCAUAACAGCCAGGAAAGUGUAAGUGUGGGGGCCUUUGUAGUGGUCGCUUGCAUUUUUCACACAUCCCACUCCUGUGGUUGCAGUUUGUACUCCAUAUUGGAAUCAGCAGGUCUGAUCCCUCUCUUAAUUUCUUGUCCAUUUUGGCUUUUUUUUUUUAACAUAAAAAGAUGUCUCCAGUUGUUAUUACUUUGGUGUCUGAUGGGAGUCGAUGCCUUCUCGUACGGCAAGCAUCGUUUCCUAAAGGGAUGUACAGUGCUCUGUCUGGCUUCUGUGAUAUAGGUAAGGAAACAUGUGACACCAGACUGUUAAGUUUGCAUGCACAGUAUUCUAAUUAGAGGCCUGCUACCUCAUAGCAUGUGGUAGAAAACUUGCUCACUUCAGAGAUGAUAUAUGAUGAGUAGUGGGGAACCUAACAAGAAUUUGCUCAUUGUCUGGCAUGUAACUUACGAACCUGGGGAAGCAACAAUUAAUGGCUAUAUUGCACUUACGCUGAAACUAACAAUAAUUGAGUCAGCUCUUGAAGUACCUUGAUGGACUUAGACAUUUUGCAAAUUGAAAAACACUUGUGUUAGGCUUUUUGCAAUUAUAUUUUCAGCAUCAGUGCUGGAUGGGCAGUGAUUUAAAGCCUGCUUUCUUCAGGGAGUGGUUAUGUGAUUGAGUUCUCCUUGAGAAACUUGGUUGCACAGGCAAUCCAACCGUGUCUCUACCUGCCCCUCAAUGUCACGUAUGAUGUCAGGUGUGGGGUACAUUGCCUUGGUUUGGGGAAAACAGCUUUGUAGGCCAAAUUGGGUUCCUUGCUUGGCCUAACUUGGUGUUUGGACUGAGUCCUGCUUUAGGACUCAUGAAAACAGCUGUCUUGUACUGUCACACCAUUGGUCCAAAUAGCACAGUACUGUAAGAGCUGCAGCUCAAAGGUAAAGUGGAUUAAUACCAUAAAAGCAAAAUGGAUUUCUGGAAGGAACUUCAUUACUCUUGCAUUUUUCCUGCUGAAGAUGAAGUCUGAAAAAGGUGCAAGUAGAUAUGAGAAGGAAGCCAUAUUCUGCCAUUUUACAUUCCCGUGUUUAGCAUUUAGCAGUUAGUGCUGGUGGUGAUAAAGAUUAGCUGAAGAAAGGAGCUCUGUUAAAGUACUGAGGGAAAGCAGCCUGUAAAGGAAACAUGUGUAUCUCCAUUGGUAGUCCCCUGUUCUGUUGGUUCGCUUGAUCCAAAACACCAAAGGCACUUUUUACAGUGGCUCUCCAGCAAUCCACCAGCCAAGUAAAUUCUCCACUUGUCAGAAUACAUAGUUAAGAUCAAGUCUCAACUCUUCCAACUUAGUUGGGCACUUGACCAGUAAAAAAUAAAUAAAUUGGUCAGCUGUCCCAUCAAGCAUUUUUUAUUUAUCUUUAUUAUUACCAAGUUUAAUCAUUGUGUUUAUUUGUCAAAAACAAGUAAGUUAACUGCUAUUGUGAAAUAGUGAAUUAACUUUUUAAAGACGUGCAAUAAAUUAUUAUGACUUAACAAUGUUAGGUAGGCUUUUCAAAGAUGUGAACAGUUCUUGUCAUUGGUUUUUAUCCUAACUCAACAGGGUUAGGAUUUCAUUUAGGAAGAAAACGUAACAGUAAGCAACUAUUAAAUGCUGGGUUUUCAAAGGCAGUUGUACCACCAGGUAGCAAGCCACCUCUUCAGACACCACCAGCAUCAAGCCUUCAUGAUAAAAAAAAGUUGGUCGACUGACUAUGCUUGACCAACCCUGCUUGAACUGUGUUAAAAUAGGGCAUUUAACCUAAAAGGUGGGCUGGAAAUCCAUUAAGCAUAAACAAGAAAUGCUUAUCGUGAGGUAUAUCCUCAUGCCUACUCAAAAGAAAACUUGUAAGCCUUCUCUCAGGAUACAAUGCUGCCCUUAGAGACCCUUUCUACUCCCAAGGUGAAACUCUGGAAGAGACACUCCGGCGAGAAGUGGCUGAAGAGGUGGGGUUAGAGGUGGAGUCUGUCAGCUAUUCUGCAUCUCAGCAUUGGCCAUUCCCAAGCAGCACGCUAAUGAUUGGCUGCCAUGCCCUGGUGAACCCGCAACGGAGCAAGGUAAGGAGGUGGUGGUGGAAUCUUUCAUUUCAUCCACUUACCUUGUUGGACUACAAUUCCUAUCACCGCUGACCAGUGGAGAUGAUGGGAGUUGUAGUCCAACAACAUCUGGGGACCCAAAGUUACCAAACCAAACUUUAUUGAUUUGGCUUAUCUAAAUGUAUAUGAUCAGUGACGUAAAAUCCUUCACUGUCUUGGUUCUUCUGUGGUUUUGACUACUGAAAACAGUUCUGGAGAGCAGGAAGGUGCAUUCGUAUUCCCAGCCCUGCUUGUCUAUCCAAGCAGCCUGGCAAGCAGAAGUUAUUUUCACUGUCGUAAAUAGCCGACUGUAAGAGAUACGUGUGUAUGCACACAAACACACACACACACAUGCAUAUUUGUCAUUGUUGGCAUCUGUCUGGCUCGAGAGACAAUGGAGUGUGCCUCUGGGGGUGAGAUCAACUUGCUGUGUUAGCAGCAUUGAAGUGACCUUUCUGGGGUGCAUGCCUGGGCAGUGUGUAUGAAGGUCCUGGGCUGCUCAGAUGACAAGCCCCCCUGCCCCCCCCCGGUCUCACUGAUGUGGUCCAAAGGAAAGCAGAGAAAUAUGUUUGGCACCAGCUAGGCUGCAGGAGUUGCUGUUAAGAUAGGUUAUUGUUAUUAACUUCACAUUGAUUGGGGGGAGAGGCAGGAGUCCAUUGUCUAGCCAGCAGGUGAUUGCGUGACAGGGGUGAGAUUGGUACUUGAGGCUUUCUGUCUGUUAACUACAACACUACUCUAAGCUCUCAUUAUGACGCUGCUGUUUUUAUUUUUAAAACUUUUCAUUUGCAGAUUAAUAUCAACAAAGAGCUAGAAGCUGCCGAGUGGUUCAGCCAUGGGGAAGUGGUGAAGGCUCUUGGGCGGAACCCAAAACCUUCCAGAGACAAGGAUGACAACCUCUCAUUUUGGGUGCCACCUAAGCAAGCCAUAGCCCAUCAGCUGAUUCAGGAAUGGGUCAAAAAGCAAGGUCCUGUGCCUACUUAGAGACACUUAUUCAAUCAUUUACUGCUCCAGGUAAAAAUCUGAGUGCCAGUUGGCCUCCGAAUUUCAAUGACUCCAUAUGUUAAGAUUUUCUGCAGGACAUUUAUAGGUAGAGAGGGUGGUUCCAUUUCACACUUUUGCCUGAGGCUAAAGAAUUUGUCCAUCAAAUCCUGAAGGUGUAUAUAUAUAUAUAUCACCUGGAUGGGUUUUGUAAGGGGGGAAGGGAUGCUAAGGGUCAGUGGCUCCUCCCUGCCACUUCCAGUGUUUCAGUUCUUGAUGGAAAUCAUUCCCAAGUGCUUUUCUAUAGUGUAACUGGUAAAUCAGAGUUGACCCUAAGUUUAAAGCAAUGGUUGCCGGCCUUUUCGGGCUCAUGAGCACAUUUGAUUCUAUGAUUUGCAAUUGUUGUGGGCACCGCACCCACCCACCCCACGGCCUCUGCUGUUGGCAACAAUAAAAUGAGUAUUUCAGGCCCAAAUUCAUUGGGAAAAAGAGCGAGGGGCAUGGAUCCCAUGGCCAGUGACAUGUUGGCAAGCUCUGGUCUAAAGACUCUCACGAUGUUGCUAGAUACAAUGCCAAAGUUCCAAUUAAAAACAAAAGCCUCUCAAAAGCUUACGCCACCAGAAAUGUGAUUUAUUUAUUUUAUUUAGUGACAUUUAUAUGCUACUUAAUUGUACAAACUUCUAAACAGUUUGAAGCCAGCCGGCAGCUGAAAAACGAAUACUCUAGUUAUUUGUAAAGUUCACGUUAGUAAAGGCGUUCAGCUCUCAUCUUCUAUUUCACUUCCUCUGUGACAGCCUGCAACUGAAUUCCAUCUUCCUGGCAGAAAGUAGUUAGACUUGCCUUUAGAAUGCAGCUCUUGGUAUUUACUGCUAUUGCUAUAAGCUCACUGAGGUUUGAACUGUUUCCUACUUCUUUUAAGGAACUGAUAUACCAAACCAGAAUUAUUAUUAUAUUAUUAUUAUUAUUAUUUGCUUCAUUGUUUCUCUAUGGUAGUUCACAAUUUUUCCUGUCCUGGGCGUUGUCUGUGUAUAACAUUCUCAUCCUGCAAAUAAAAAGGAUUCCAUCAGUCCAGAUUUCUUCUUUCUGGGAAUAUUGCCCAUACACUGCUUCCGAGCCAGAGUGCUCAACUGUUUUCUUGUUCGAAAAUGCUGCAAAAAUAUAGCUGGAAUAAGGUUGCAGUGAUAAAUGCGGUUGAAGCACCCAUUUCGUUCGACAGCUUAUUUAAUUAAAUGUUCCAGAUGGAAACUCAGAUCAGUUAUAUAGAGGUCACUUUCAGUUCAGGAGCCUGCUUAUCAGUCAAAAUGUGGAAGGCACAGCAACUGCCCUUUCCUCAGGAAAGAUCAGUAGAUGUUUCAGCCCAGCAGAACACUGUAUUGGGGCCUGCCACUCUCCGAGAAAAAGACCUUAUGAGAUUCUUGGAACCAAAGUGGAGUGGAGGGCUUCUUUUGGCCUCAACAAAUGUUACACUUUUCAUCCACGACCUCCUAUACUUAUGUUGGGGAGGAUGCUUGAUAAAUGAACUGUUAAGAUUUAUUUUAAUUGAUAUUCAUGUUUAAGGUAGAGCAUGUCCUAAUUUUCCAUGCAUGUUGAAAGACUAGCAAAUGACUCUGCAAGUAUUUUAGCUAUCUUGAGAGUCGUUAUGAGCAGCUGUAAUACUCCUAUUUUUUUGUUUUUGCAUAACACCCCCUCUCUCUAGGGAUGUAUUCAGUUCCAAGAGAAGGGUGGAUUUGAAGCUUAGAAAUGAAUGUCAGUACUUCCUCCUAUUGUGGUAAAAUGUUUUGCUAUAUUCCUUCUUUUGAGAAAGGCCAGAAGCAGAUACUUAUUGGUACUUAAUAGAAAAGUCAGAAGAAAAUACUUCAGGCAGGGUGGUCAUAUUUACAGUAAAACUUGAACCUUGUAAACAGACCCCUACAUUCCAUUUUACAAAAGGAAAUGCAGUGGUUUGGUUUUCAAACAGAAUGCGUUCUGGGAGUCAGUUCAACUCCUGGAACCGCCCGAAAACCAAAGCAUGGCUUCCGAUUGGCUGCAGGACGUCUGGCUUCCAAAAAUCGUUCGAAAACCGGGACACUCAUUUCUGGGUUUCGAUCAUUCGGGAGCCGAUUUGUUUGGGAGCCAAGGCUUUUGGCUUCCAUGGGACAACUGAAAGCUACUCAUUCUUUAGUGGGAAAAGUAAUUUCUCCUUUCACCCACCCGUUUUCAGUAGCAACUACUGAAGCUACUAAUAGUUGGUGGCAACCUUACACUUCAGAAAGCUGCUAAAUUGGAGUGAGUAACUUGUAGUCCACUCAUUGUUCAUGGCUUGCAACAUCAUGCCUGACCAUUGUCCAUAGUGACUGGGGCUGCUGGGAAUCAAGAGUCUACUCCUGGACAAAACAGUUGAAGAUUUAAGUUCUCCACUGUUCCCACAAACACAAAUGAGUUGUGACAUGGAACCAUGUGAAGGCAGGAAGCAGCACUGCACUUGAGACACCCCCCCCCCCACUUCAGGAUGCAGUUUGUUCUUCAGCUGUAAACUUUCAUCAUGUAUAACUUACGGAUAUGAAAAAGCAGUAUCAAAAUUAAAAUAUACUUCCAGUCACUACUUGAGAACAGAAAGACGAUAAGAGCAUUCUAGAACAGCUUUUCUCAACCUGUGGGUCCCCAGAUGUUGCUGAACCACAACUCCCAUCACCCCAAGCUAGCAAGGCCAGAGCUCAGGGAUGAUGGGAGCUGUAGUCCAACAACAUCUGGGGACCCACAGGUUGAGAACCGCUGUUCUAGAACCAUCUUUUUUUUUGCCUACAGCUGUUUUUGAAUGUUUAGCUACGUCAAAGUUGAGUUUUAACCGUAAGGGGUGUUGGAAAGACAAUAAAAACAAUCUUAAUGCAAACUAUAAUGAAGGGAGAAAAGAAAAACAUUUUCCCCAUUACAAUUAUUUAAUUUUGUAUGGGGGAAAAAAGAGCUUGAAGAAAAGGCAGUAAUCUGGCUUGGUUUUACUUUUAACAGACAGUGAGUUAUUUCAUUUGAAAUUAGUUUACUUUCACAAGCUGGAGAGAUUAUGACAUCAUUUGGCAACUUAUUAAAUCAACUUGUUCAUAUUGCAGAUGGGGAAGAUGAAAGCCAGUUCAAAGGGAUAUACUUAGGACUUGAGACAGAAGUCAGAUCUGACUCAGAUGCAACAGGACUUCAACCUACAGUUGACUCCUUACGUAAAAUAGGCUACUGACAGCCUAAAUGUUGGCAAGCAAGGUCAAUCCUAGUGCAAGUGCUGUUCAAAAAAACAGAAAAUAUAUCUGUACAAAGAACACAAAGAAACCCUUAACAGCCGCGAUCAGCUCAGCAGAUUAAUGUUGCCUUCUCUGAACUGCUUAACCACACCAAUAUAUGCAGAAAGCUUUUCCUGCAUAAUCACUGAAUGCCUAAUUAUCUAAUAUUGGAGAUAAAUAUAAAGAAGCUGCACUGAAAGAUAAUCAGAUUUCCAGUUAUUACAACUAGUAAGCAAAAAAAGAAAAAAAGGGUAGAGUUGGUGUUUUGAUUUUUUGCACUGUCUUUGCAGAAGCACUCUGCGCCUUUC